ACAAAUUUCUGCGCAGGUACAUCCUUCUGUACUUCAUUUCCCAAAGUUGCGGACAGAGUCGCGGACUGGUGAAGAUGCUGUCCAGAUCUCCGGCGACACGGGCGACCCCCCAGGGGCUGCUGCGCGCUGCAGUCAACAGAACGUCGCAGUUCAGCACGCAACAACAACUCCGCCGCGGAGCGGCAGGCUUCGUGAACGGGCGGUCCCGGACUACGACCACAAGGAGAUGUCUCUCCUCGAUCUCGAACAUCAAUAAGCUCCCGCGAGCAUCGACAGAAAUCCGGCCUGCACAAUCCACGAUUGCAUCGAGGUACUCUUCCUCCGCAACGCCCGCCGUGCCGGAUGCUACACAUGCGGAGCGGAAGGAUGCCGUCUACGCCCUGAUCGAUGAGAUCAACCAAAAUGAAGCCGCCAUGGCCGAUAUCAUGGACGAACUGGACUUGCUCGACGACUUCGAUCAGGCUCUCAGCCUCGAUGGCCUGGAAUAUGAGCACGCAUUCAGCCAGACCAUCGGUCACCGAGACCAGGAGACUUUGGAGGGACGGGUGCGGAUGGCGAGACAGGAAUUUCGGGAAUACCUGCCCCCCGACUAUCUGAACGCACGCGAGACCGAACUAUACACUAGACUCUACGGUGAACCGAUCUAUCGUGACCUUGACAGCAUUCAACCGGACCUCGAGCUCGCUGAAGACGUCGAAGAAGAACAAAACCCCGCCGCCGAUCAACUUUACCGUGAAGAUGGACAAGGAGGUUGGGAAGAGGUUGAGAUGGUGGAGGAAGAGCUCGAGCUCGAGCGCGAAGCGGAGGAGGAUGACAUGCCCGUGGUUUACGACAUGGAGGCUGGACCGGAGGUGCCGGAGACAGACGCCAUGCGGCGCACGCGCGAGAUCGCCGAGCAGCUCGGCGGAGAGGUUAUGCUGGAGCAGUUCCAGGACGAGGCUGUGCCCGAUGGGAACGAUAACCCCCGAUUCCACCCGGCCACUGAGCUGGGUCGAUCUGGCACGAAUCCCAGCACGGUUUUCCUGCCAAAUGACUCGUUGGUGAAGCCCAUCUCGAUGAUUCUCUCGAACUUCUCCAAUAAGCACAUCCAGGAGACCGCGCGUCGUGUCUUCAAGGGCCAGUACCUUCCUCUGUCCGUUACGACGCCCCCCAGAUCGGUUCAAGCCCCUCAAUUACCGAGCCCUCUGGAGGCUUCGCAGCGUCAUAUGUCCGAGAUGGAAUCUAAUGCUUACCUCGCGGCCAUGUACCCUGGCUUCUAUGCGAGCGUGCUGAGUGUUCUGGUUGAGGUCCGCAAGCGUCUGGGAACAGACUGGCUGCGAGGUUUGAUUUCCAAGGAAGAAGGUCCGAGUGUGCUUGAUGCCAGUGCUGGAGGUGCUGGUAUCAUCGCGUGGAGGGAGAUUAUGCGUGCAGAAUGGGAGGCUAUGGACCCAGAGCGCCCUUUCUCCGAAAUUCCAAUCGGCAAGUCGACGGUCGUGGUAGGAUCUAAUAGUCUUCGUGCUCGCGCUUCUGCGUUGCUGCAUAACACCACAUUCCUACCUCGACUUCCUGAUUACGUUCACCUUCGCGAAAAUGCGACGCUAGAAGACGACCGGGCCCCGAAGCGGAAACAGUUCGACAUCGUCAUCGCCCCCCACUCCAUUCACCCGAUCGACGAGGAGUAUCUGCGGAAGGAGCAUGUCAAGAACCUUUGGCAGCUUGUCAAUCCUAACGGUGGUAUCCUCAUUCUGCUUGAGAAAGGACACCAGCGGGGCUUUGAGGCCAUCGCCGGAGCCCGUGAGAUGCUGCUCAAGCGCGUCAUCCGCAACACCGACCUCAAGACCUCAGACCAGGAAAUCGCUUCGGAAGAGGAUGCGGAGGACGACCUUGACCUCGACAAGGAACCUGGCAUGAUCAUCGCGCCUUGCACCAACCAUGCCCAGUGUCCCAUGUACCGUGUUCCCGGCCACACUGUUGGGCGCGGCGACUGGUGCCACUUCAAGCAACGAUACAUCCGUCCCCCCUUCCUGCAGCGCAUCAUCGAUGCCAAGACGCACAACCACGAGGACCUGCGAUUCAGCUACCUCGUGGUGCAGCGUGGGGUCGAUCUCCGCGAAGAGAAAGGCUUCAAGCAGGACCGCGUGGCCAAGUUCCAGGCCGCCAAGGGAUACGAGCACCUGUUCCCGGACCCGCAGGCGCGCGCGGCCAUGCCUGAGGAGGAACAGCAGAAGCUCGCGGAGCAGGAGGCGAAGUUCGAGCCGCUGACGCUGCCGCGCAUCGUCUACCCGCCGCUGAAGCGCCGCGGACACGUCACCUUCGACAUCUGCACCCCGGAUGCGCAGAUCGAGCGCUGGACCGUCCCUCGCUCCUUCAGUCGCCAGGCGUACCGGGACGUGCGCAAGUCGCAGUGGGGCGACCUGUGGGCGCUGGGGUCGAAGACGCAGAUCGAGCGCAAUGUCAAGCUCGGCACGAAACACGGGGUGAGCAAGAAGGACCGGCUGGAGGCGCGCGCCGCGGCCCGGGAGGCGGCCAAGGACGCCCAGGAGGAGGAAGGCGCCGAUGCAGCAGCUCAGAACCGCAAACCGGAGCUGCUCAUUCCCAAGCGAAAGAAGGGAGAGAAAAUCCCUAGCUGGAAGAAGCAUCAGGAUAAGAAAAAGGUGCGCCAGCAUUACAGUCAGUUGAAGCCUGCGGAUUCGUAGGCAGGAGGUCAAAAUGUUCAGGAGGUUCGGGGUUUUCUGAUUGGGAUUAUUGUUUUUUUCUUUUGAUUGGCGGCGUAUUCUAAGGGGAUUCUGCUGCCGGGCUGCGGACAAUCAUCUACGGGUUAUGGAGCAUAUUUGGGCAUAGAUUCUGUAAAUCUUCAUGUAUCAUAUGUGGUUAUUUGUAUGGAUAUUAGCUAUCAUAGUUGAGCUCUUCACUCAAAAGGCAUUUUCUCCACUUCCAU